AUGCAACAGCCUUUCCAUCCAUGCGGUGUGCUGACAAUGCCAACGGCGCUUCUCGGCUUGGGGGUGUCGCUGGUUUGGGCCGCCCCUGUGUGGGCAGGCGAACAGGCACCUCAGCAGUGGGCGCAGACGACCGCCCAGGUCAGCCCAGCCAAAACCUACCCCCCCGUCCAGGUGGUGGAUACAGCACUCGAAUACCGCCAGUUUGAAAAGGUCGAAAUCACCGGCUC